ACGUUCGGUUAGUUGAAGCUAACUAAAUAUCACUUCACCGCCCGAUACAUGGCUGUGUGCAGUGUGAAAUCGUCCCAACAAGGUCAAUUUGCUCGGAUCAAUUCAGUUGGCUCCAAUUGAAACGGAAAAGUUGUUGGAAGAAAUAGCGCCAUGAUUCCACAGAUCGGAGACAUGAUGGUCCUAUUACGUGAACCCGACGAACCAGUGUAUCAAUAUUGAUGAUUCGGAAAUAUACUCCAGACCGUGUAGAUGCGUCUGUUCAUCAACAUCACAAAGGAUUUCCAAAGUGUGUGACUGGUUCGACAAGAAAUAUGCGCUACCGGUGGUUGUGACUGCUGCUGACUGUAAAAUGAAACGCUGAUGUAGAGGAAAAACUUCGCUAAGUGACGACACCCGGCUGCAAUUUAGUGAAUAAUGGAACGCAUCGCGCAUAUCCAUGCUACCUCCAACUAUAACUGUGGCAGCAGCAAGUGAGAAUAGUUAGUAUUGGUGUUCGCUGCUGGCGGUCUGGUUUAGUGCUUCCAAGCUCGUGUUGCAAGAAAGUUUAACAGGUUUGCCAUCUGUAGUGCCGGGUGAUAAGUCCUAAAGUAUCUCGAUAAAGGUGCGCGCAUGAAGAACUACAUCAUUUUUUGGGGUGCGAUAAGGAAUCUCCAACCUUGAGCUGAUGACGAAGGGAUUAACGAUUAUCAAAUAACGCUGAUACAACAGCACGAUCACCAGUAAUUAGAUGUUAUCCUUGAACUUUUCUCAUCGUGAUAUCUAACAUAUUUAAUCUGAGACAUACUAAACUGGGACGGAGAGAACCCUCUACAAGUUCAUGUGAUAAGCAUAUAUUGUCACCAUAGAAAGAAACGAGCAUCUUGCUUCUUAUCUGCUCGUUAAUAGGCAUUCAAUUACGAUUGCCGGUAUCAGACCGUCUACGAAAAUCCCAUCGACUCAGCAACUACGUACGAUUGUUUUAUAUAAAACAACACGCUGCCGGUUGCACAGGGAGGUAGAUGUACAUUGUACAUAUUUGCUCAGCGAAAAUCUCAAACAGCGUAGAGAAGCAUGCGAACUGGUACCGCUGAUAGGACUUCGGCGGUUGUAACUGGAGCACGCGAUCACGACCACCAUUAUGGCGGGACGGACCUUGACGGGCGUUUCGCCAACGGUGGCGUCGCCGCCGUUCUCGAUGAGGAGUCCGGCCUUUCAGUUGAUUCGCGACGUUCCAAAAGUGCGAACAUCAUCGAUUCCUCGUCUAGUGCCAACUGUAGUCGCAGUCCGCUGAAUAACGCGCCAGCCGCAGCCGAUGGUGAUUGUCUGAUUGUGAGUCCGUCGUCGUCCGUGCUGACUGAAAGUUGCUGCCUGCUGCGCAAACCGCAGACAAUGAAGAGUAAACUAACGGGCGUGCGGGAAACGCUCCAGGGCCGCAGUCUGCUGGUGGACUUGCUGGCGAUACUCUUCGGUGUCGGAGCGUGGAUCGGAGUGAACUCGAGCUACGUGCAGCUUCCGCUGCUGGUGGCUAACGCUCCGGAAGGAUGGAAUCUGCCGUCGUAUAUGGUGGUCAUCACCCAGCUCGGAAAUGUGGGCCCGCUCAUCUACACCGGGCUGCAGAAGGUCCGGGCUUUCAAGGAUUCGUACAUGAUCUACGCGGUGUUGGUGAUCGGUACGGUGGGUGCCAUUUGUAUGGCAUUCCUGUACGAAGUGACGGCGUACGUGUUCGGUGCCGAUCGAUCUGUGGCGAUAUUUGUGUGUGUUUUUGCACUGGCACUGGUCGGUUGCACAAGUUCGGUGCUGUUCAUGCCUUACAUGGGACGAUUCCGGACAAUCUAUUUAAUCACCUAUUUGAUUGGGGAGGGGCUCAGUGGGUUUCUACCGAGUAUUGUUGCACUGAUCCAGGGCGUUGGAGGUAACGCUGAGUGCAUACCGAAUAAUUCAACGGAUGAAGAUGCGCCCUCGUUUAUUAGUUACACGCCACCUCCACGGUUUGGAUCGAUGGAGUACUUCAUCUUUGUGUUUGUGGUGCUGAUCAUCAGUACGGUUGCUUUCACGAUACUCGAUAGUCAUCCGCGUUGCCGAAAGGAGUACGCAGCUGUGGUGAUCAAUCACGGCAACGAUUACACCUACGAAACCGGUCAAUCGUCAGCAGAUUCGGUUUCGACGACCGAACAAACAUCUGAAAAGCUCGAGAAGAGCAAAAUCCUCUCGAAUCGUAACUAUACCUAUCUCAUGGUUCUGCUGGGCAUCUUGUGCAUGUUCGGGAACGGAAUCUUCCCUAGUAUACAAUCGUACUCAUGUCUACCGUACGGAAAUGUGGCGUACCAUCUGACGGUCACAUUGAGCACGAUGGCCAAUCCGGUGGCGUGCUUCCUGGCAGUUUUUCUGCCUCACACUUCAAUACGGGCAAUUACGUCGAUAUCGUUGGCGUCGGUCGUGUUUGCGGCUUACGCACUGACGACGGCGUUCAUGAGUCCUUCGCCGCCACUGAUGGGUCAAGCGAUCGGGGACGUGUUAGUGAUUGCCACGUGGACCAUCCUGAUCGGACUGGUGAGCUACGUACGGCUCUCGAUCACCACCGUGUUCCGGUACCAGGGCGGCAAAGCGCUGGUCUGGGUGGGGGCCGUCACCCAGAUUGGGUCGCUGCUCGGAUCGGUCCUCUCGUUCUCACUGGUCAACUUUACCGAGCUCUUCCAGCAGUACUAUCCGUGUUGAUCGACAGUUGCGUCAAUUGACUUUGUUAGUGGAGUUAUGCGAUUGGCAGUUUGAAAGUUUUUGAGUAAACUUUGUCUGCAUGCGUACCGCAGUGUGUAGAGAAAUGUGCUGCGGCCGUACUCUCGAUGGCGUUGAGAACAAAAUUGUUAAUUGUAAGCAAUUGACUGCGUUAUUAGUUUGUUAGUUCUGAUUAGUUCAUAGUCGGUGUGAACAUUUCAUAUCCCCAGCGAAAGCGAUUUUAUUGUCUGAAAUAGUUUAUAACAUAUUUAUGAACAACUUUACACGGUAUUUGUCCAUUUGUAGUCUAAGUUGGACCAAGAGAGUUCACACAUUGUUAAUAGAUAACGGGUUAUUAUCUUAUUACAAUAUGAUUAAAGGCAUUUAGAAUUUUUUACUAUUUUGACUGGAAAUUGCAAUGUUCUUUAAUUAGGUAUUCAUGAUGACAAGCAUAAAAUGAUAAAUUAAGUGUGAGCUCUGUCCAGAUUAUACUA